AUGACACCUCUUUUUACUCUGGCUUCGGCCCUCGCACUACUGAGCCUUAAGGCUGUUACGGCAGCAUCUGUCGAUAACAAGACCUACGAGUACAUAGUUGUUGGCUCUGGCCCUGGUGGUGCGCCUCUCGCUGCCAACCUUGCUCGUGCCGGCCAUUCAGUGCUACUACUGGAAGCUGGAGAUGACCAGACAGAGAAUGUCAAUGUCUCCCAAUGGCAAAACUUCAAUGCUGCUGGAAAUGAUCCCGCGACUCGCUGGGACUUCUUCGUGAGACACUCUGGCGAUAGCUACCAGGAUGCAAGGUUCAAGCACAGGACGUGGCGUAAGCCUGAUGGAACCUUCUACGUGGGAACAGAGGCUCCACCGGGCUCUGCACCUUUGGGUAUCUACUACCCUCGCGCCGGCACUCUAGGCGGGUGCGCCAUGCACAAUGGCUGCUUAACGAUGUUGCCCAAUGAUGCCGACUGGGAUGACAUCGCCAAGAUUACCGGUGACAACUCAUGGUCGCAUGAGAAAAUGAGGAAGUACCUCGUGAAACUCGAAAAGGUACAUUACAACAGCACUUCUCCUCACGGCCAUGAUGGGUACCUGGAUAUGACGAUGCUUGAUCCUGGGUAUACCACCAGUGCAGACGCCAAACUGCUCAGUGAACUCGCUGCUCAGGCGGCUGGCUACGAGGCUUCUUCCGCAUCAAGCCUACUACAACGCGACAUGAAUGGCAACCAACCUGACCGCGACAAUCUUGUGGGUCCAUUUGGAGGCGUCAGCCAUAUUAAUCCCAAUGGCCGACGAUCAUCUCCUGGAUAUUAUGUUCGCGACACAGCCAAUGCGGGCAAAUAUCCCCUUACCAUCUCCUUAGACACUCUCGCUACGAAGAUCAUCUUCGACAAGUCUGGUCCAAAGCCCAAAGCGGUUGGUAUCGAAUACCUACAGGGCAAAAGUCUGUAUGGCGCUGAUCCUCGCUACAAUGCCGCUGACAAGGGAACUCCUGGCAAGGCCUUCGCGUCCAAGGAGGUCAUCAUUUCAGGAGGUACCUUCAACUCCCCACAGCUGCUCCUCCUUUCCGGUAUCGGCCCACGCGAGGAACUCAACACGUACGGGAUUCCCCUCGUUCUAGACCUGCCAGGCGUGGGAAAGUCCGUGGCCGAUAACUACGAGAUCGGUAUUCUGUCGCUGGGUAAGCGUGCUGUGACUGGCAAGUCGGAGAUCUUUCCCAAUUUCUAUAAGACCACUCAAGGUGCGAUCCGUGACAUCUACAUGUGGUGUGGCUCAUUUGCGUUUGAGGGUUUCUGGCCCGGCUUCCCCAACAGGCCUCCCAACUUCAAUGAGACCUAUGGUCCCAACCAGUACGAGUGUGCCCUCGUCCACAUGAACCCCCGCUCCCAAGCCGGUGUCGUGCAGCUCCAGUCACCCAACCCACGCGAAGUCCCAGUCAUCAAUCUGAAUUUCUUCGAGCAGGCGGGCUCCGACAAGGAUCUUCAGGCUCUAUACGAAGGCGUGAAUUGGGUUCGCUCGUGGCUUUCCAAGGUCGACCCCUCGGCGCCAAACUCUCUCGCUCCCUUCACGGAACUACACCCAUGCCAGGGCGAGAUUGGUAAGCAGGACUGCACUGUUGACACGCAGAAAGUCUAUAUCAAAGAGCAAUCAUACAGUCACCAUGCCACCAGCAGCUGCAAGAUUGGUGCCGACAGCGACAGGCUUGCAGUUUUGGAUAGCAAGUUCCGUGUUCGAGGUGUUACGAACUUGAGGGUUGUCGAUGCGAGCAGUUUCCCCAAGGUUCCGGGUGGUUUCCCCGUGUUGCCUACUAUGAUGUUGAGUGAGAAGGCGACAGAGGACAUUCUUGCAGAAAAUAAUUAG